AUUGUUUGGUUAUGGUGUGAAGGAGUAUUCCCUUUUAGCUUUGAUUCUCCUCUUACCUGAUGCAAAAAAACUGCUGGAUUGUAAUGUAAUCUUGCUGAAGGUCUCAAGGUUAUAUUGCUUAGAUAGUAAAGGAGGGAAUGCGAUACAGCUGCAGAAGAUAGUCUACUUCCUUUAAAUAAAUCUUGGUUAUUCACCUGAGAACAGUUGAGAUGCUUUGGAUAAGACUGUACUAGCAGUUAUCAUCAGCACUUUCCUAGCUGUUAUUUGCAAGAGUGGCCCUCCAGAGGAUGCAGAGAUAGGCCUUUUUCGAUGAUUAUAUUUUGCUGUUAAUAAGGCAUAUCAAGUAGGAUGGUCUUCACUCAGGUGUUUUUUAAUAUGGGAAGAAGUAGAAGAGGAAUGCAAAUGUAUAUUUCUGUUCUUAUGGUUCAUCUUGAUUGUGUCUCUGGAGAUCCUUUUCUCCUUCUGUCUCCUCACAGAUAUAGCUGCUUCCAGUAUCAUGGCCUCUGACCUGGAAAGCAGCCUCACUUCCAUAGACUGGCUCCCACAGCUUACUUUAAGAGCUACUAUUGAAAAAUUAGGGGGUUCAUCACAAGCAGGACCUCCAGGGACUGCCCGAAAGUGUCCUCCAGGCUCACCGACAGAUCCCAAUGCUACGCUCAGUAAGGAUGAGGCUGCAGUGCAUCAAGAUGGCAAGCCACGUUACAGCUAUGCCACUCUGAUCACGUAUGCAAUCAACUCAUCCCCUGCCAAGAAGAUGACACUUAGUGAGAUUUACCGUUGGAUCUGUGACAACUUUCCCUACUACAAAAAUGCUGGUAUUGGUUGGAAGAACUCAAUUCGUCAUAAUCUCUCUCUGAAUAAGUGCUUUCGGAAAGUGCCUCGACCAAGGGAUGAUCCGGGGAAGGGCUCUUAUUGGACAAUAGAUACGUGUCCAGAUAUAUCUCGCAAGAGGCGGCAUCCUCCUGAUGAUGAUAUACCACAAGACUCCCCAGAGCAAGAGGCAAGUAAGAGCCCCCGAGGGGCUGUUCCAGUCAGCACAGAAGCCUCUUUGCCACCUGAGGCUACCCCUCAGCUGUCACUCCAGAGCACUGCCCCCAUUGCCAACUACAGUCAGUCUGCAGGGCCUGUGGAUGUUGCUUCUACUGUAGCAGGGGGACAGGGCCGUGAAGGGGCCGAUGUACCCCCCCCACUGUACAGUGCCAACCACGACUUCAAGUUCUCCUACUCUGAGAUCAACUUUCAGGAUCUUAGCUGGUCCUUCCGAAAUCUCUACAAAUCCAUGCUGGAGAAAUCAUCUUCCUCUCAGCACGGUUUCUCUUCUCUCCUUGGUGACAUGCAGCCCUCCAACCACAACUACUACAUGUACCAGCAGCAACAGCAGGGCCCCUCAGCAGUGGGUGCUGCUCCACCCCUCCACACUCCAACUCCAGAGGGUUGCCCAUCCCAAGGGGGAAAGCAGCAGGGUGGUGAAAGUUAUGGCCCUCCACCAGUGAUGUCCAUGCACCCUCCCCAAAUGCAGCAUGGAGGCUACCACCAGCAUCAGCAUCACCCACACUCCCACCCACAGCAGCAGCCUCAUCAGCACCAGCAGCAGCAGCAGUCACAGGCUUCAGUCAACAAUGCUGGCUUUGCAUUUCCCCCUGAUUGGUGCUCCAGCAUUGAUUCCCUGAAGGAGAGCUUCAAGAUGGUAAACCGGCUGAACUGGUCUAGCAUUGAGCACUCCCAAUUCUCAGAGUUGAUGGAGAGUCUGCGCCAGGCCGAGCGGAAGAACUGGACACUGGAUCAACACCAUAUUGCCAAUCUUUGUGACUCUCUUAAUCACUUCCUUACCCAGACUGGUCAGCUCCCUCAUCUGAUCGGCCCUCAGCAGCCCCCUCGAAUCUCUGAUUCUUGUGCCCUGAACAGUGGCAAACAGGAGCAAUCCAUGAAUCAAGUGAACUCCUAUGGUCAGCCCCAGCCUCCCCAUCUCUUCUCCGGUCCAUCUCCGAUGUAUCAGAUUUCUACCCAGGACUCUCCAGGAUAUAAUCGCCCAGCUCAUCAUCUGGUCCCUCGGCCUUCAGGGCCUCCUCCAGGCACCAAUGAGGAAAUCCCUGAUGAUUUCGACUGGGACUUGAUCACCUAGCGAGUUACAGACUUAAGAGCCCGUCCUUUGUGAAGGACGUGGGAGGGGAGGGGGACAUGGGGUGAAUGGUGCCACACCACCGUCUCCAGCCUUCCUAUCUUGCCUGUAUAUAGAUAUAUAUUCUCUAUCUCCGCCAGAGAAGCCACCGCAAGAUGCUGCCGAAGAUAAUCUUUCAUUGCGUCCUGUUUUAUCUUUUUUCUUUUGUUUAUUAUUAUUGUUGUUGUUGUUGUUAUUAUUAUUAUCAAUAAUUGAGCACAGCCCUUCCCCUCCUCUGGUGGCCUCGGAUGCAUCAGAUCAAACCUUGUUGUGUGGUGCCCUGGUAUAGGGCAGAAAGAUAGGUCCUUGCUGCCACAAAAAGACUUCAGAAGGCUGAAUCCUUGUGUGCAUCUUUCUCUGCCUCUGUCAUUUUGCAUUUAGCAAUCCCUCUUUCCCUUCAAAGCGGACAGUAAAUCUGUUGUAUUGGAUACUGAGUGAGAGUCUAGUAGACCCCGGGAGUCUGUAGUCAUGUUAUUUCUUAAAUGUUGUAAAGGUCAGGAGGCUAAAGGGACACUGUGGAGAGGUGAUUUCAGCUCAGUUCCACACCAGCAGGAAAAGCAGGAAAAGAAAUAGAGAUCUCAAGUGCAAAUAGGAUAAUCUCUUAAGUUAGAGCUAAGCUGAACUGGGAGGGAAAACAUGAGUUUGGAGAGAGGGGAAUGUAGAAAAAUGAUGUUUCAGCAGAAAGAUUGGGUUUCAGAAUGCAGUGCCUCUUGGUGAGGACGAAGAGUGAUUUUGAGAGGAUCCUGACUGCUCUGUGUUUUGCAGUCUCCAAGGAAGUGAAGCCUACAUACUCAUCAGGUAAAAGAAACAGUCGAGGGUGUUGUGAUCCAGGAAAUUUCUGUUUCCCAGAGCUUUUAAUUUCACCCCUGCCCCUUCAAGCCUUUCUUCAAAGUAUGCAGUGAGGCUCUUACUUGCAUAUGCAAACUUAAAAGUUUUCUCACACCGUCAGUAUUUGCUCAAUUGUUACUUAGCCCUCUGACCCUUGUACCUUUUUGGAGACUGUCUGUGGCAACGGGAACCUUGCUGCCUUGGUGUAAAUUCUCAGUCAGUGGUCCCCACUUUGUGAUUGGGUUAAUGGUGGAAAGAGGAAGCUGCUGCUCAGAAUGGAGGUCAAUCAGGAGACUUCUGGUCAAGAAGUUCAAACCCUCUGGUUGAGUAAGAAAGAGCCUCUUAGAAGUGAUUUUUGUAAGAUACGCAUUAGAAGAGGGGAUGAAGUAGAGCUGAACAGCCAAAGAGUAUUGUAUAGAAGAAGGGGGACGAGUAGGUCAGACUCCUUGCAGUUCAGCUGAGGAAGAUGAUGGCAUAGAAUGUAAAUCCCAGUUAAUGGUUUCUGUCAGCAAAUGAGGAAAGCAAAACAGAUGCAGGAGCUAGUAUUGAAAUUCCUCCUCCCCUAAACUGUGUCCUGAGUUACCUUUUUUUUUUUUUUUUCCUGAUAUGGCUCUGUUCUGUCAGACUUCUUGUUUCAUUUUAGUAUUUUGUAAAGCCUACCCCAACCCUUAUUCCCUGUUUAUCAGGGAAAGGAACAAGACAGAAAUAAAAUGUCAUGGUGGCUUUGACAUAUCUGGGGAAGAGGAGGUAAAAAUGUCUGCUCUGACUGAAGGAAGAUGGGGAAUUAAAAUUGCUUCUUAAAUUUGUUGUAGGGAUAAAUCAAUUGGAUCUCUGUCAGGGAAGUGGACAGUCUCAUUGUAUUGGGGAGGGGGGGCGGUGGGAUGUUCUUUUUUUUUUUUUUUUUUUUUUUUAAAUGUGUGUAUUGAGGGGGAGUUCAUCAGUGGGCAUCUCCAAGAGAAAUGGGGAAUCCCAUAGCCAACUUCAGCAUGGAAUUAGCCAUUACCUGUGCUGCCUCAGGAUGGUAAUGAUACAACUUGGAAGCGUGUCUGAUUGGGUUUCUGUGGAAUGUGGCACCAGGUACAGCCAAUGGUUGGUGCCAGUUAGUGCUUUGCAGAGCAUAACACAGAGCCAGCCCUGCGGAAAUCUGAAACCACUGGAAGAAAAAAAGAAAGAUAGCUCCUUCAGCAUAUGAAAGUCCCCACAAUUUGCAUAUUUAUCUCAUCUGCAUAUUGAUUUGCUCCUUGUUUGCAUAUGUAAAUACACGCCGGUCAGUGUGCAAAUUAACCUCGUUCCUCUGCCUCUGAAAUACAUGUGCAUUGUCAAUGCGUGGGAAGGCAUCGGGUUGGCUAUGUGGAGCUCCACACUGGUACUAGCUGCAGGGAGUGAAGGGAUGCAAACGUGCCAUGGAAGUUCUUGCAGGCCCUUCCACAGUGGCAUUGCCCACAGUGCUUUGUGUCAAGGGUCAAGGAGAGAGGGGCGUGGUCUCACAAGUUUAUUUUUGUGCAUGCUUUCUUAAUAAAAAGAAAAAGUGAAUGUUUAAUGGUUUAA